GGGAGAGGGUAGACGCAUCUGAAGGGGGGGUGGUAUAGUGCUAGCCAUAGCCAUAGCCAUGGCGGGUGGCGCUACCACGUGGAGCGCGGAAGCAGACGACGCUAUUCCACGUGGGCGACGCCGGGAGCGUUUCUUCGAUCCGAAAGAGAGGGACGUGUGCUGGCGAAAGGCUGACGUGGUGCCAGGGCGACAUCCCGAGCGAUGGCGGAAAGAUGCGGCGGGAAACAUCGUGUGCCGUCGAUUUAACGCGUGUCAUGGAUGUCUCUGCUAUGAGUACGAUCAUAUCAUUCCUUUUUCAAAAGGCGGACCAUCCACUGCAGAUAACUGUCAGAUUCUGCAGACACGUGUUAAUCGUCGAAAGAGCAAUCGAGAAGACUUGGCCUCUGACGAGAUGCGCCAGAACUCUUGCGAGAUCAAAUUUACAGAUAGAGAGCUGGAUAUCAUCGAGAUGGCGGUGUAUGGUAAUGUGAUACGUCCCGGUUUGCAAUGCCGUUGCAGGAGCGUUGCCGAGUCCUUGAGUAUCUCCUUGUUCUCGAAGCCGGGCAGGACGGAUGAUGUUGCGUGUGAACUCCCAUCUUAUGGAGAGGAAAGGGAGAAGGGCACCACAAGCUUCAUGUAGUUUUGCUGUCUGUUGUUGUGUUUUGGCGCUUCUAUUUAUAGAUAUGCCAACCGCUCUUCGAGUUGUCGUGAAACAAAGGGUGCAGGGUGCCGGGUGUCUUCCCAAGUGAGGGGGAUCAAGCAGCAAGUGUGAACCACCGUCUCAUAAAGCUGGCACAAGCUGUUCCUGCCCCUUCGCAGCAAUUGAGCCGCGGCGUUCUAAGUUCUAAUGGACAUGCUCUUCUUCGUCAUUGUGUCAGUAGCCAGACCACAACCAGCGCGUUAGGAAAUGGGACCCUGGAGACACAAUGAAUGGGCCACGACACUCCAAGCAGGUUUUUUUCUCCAGGUACACAAGAAAGGAGUGGGUUUUCUUUGUGUUUCUGUGUGCGGGCCGCCGGGGGAAGAGGGGAGGAGGGAGAAAAGGUCUGGAUGCUGAAGGACCUGAAGGGAAAGGGAUUAUGCUUUUGUGUCUGUGGAGAGGGCCGGGCGCGGGCGGGGGUGGGGGCGGGGGCGGGGGCAGGGGAGGGGCUGGGAAGGGGAGAGGGAGGGGUGGUGAUAAGUUCUGGAUGCUGGAGAUCCUGAAGGAAGGACUGAUAUCUGGUCAUGUGGGUGUCUGCGUAUGGGUGGUGGUAGAGAGGGGCAGAUGGAGAGGAAGGUCUACAUGGCGUGGAGGUAAUGUGCCAGCAGCUCAUUUCUUCUCAUCAAUGGCAGGCCUUUUUUCUUUUCUUCCAUCUUGAACACCACUACCUCUGGGCCUCUUCUUGCCGAGGCGGAGAAGAACUGCACACCAAGCUUUGCCAAAGUGUCAGCGCAACCCUUUACGCUGGACCCGUUUUCGAGCAGGUGAUGCUCCCCACCAAUAGAUGGAGCCUCUCCCCAGGUGCUAGUGGUGUCUGCUCUUAUCAGCAUCACUAGCACUGGGGGGGGGGUGUUUUCAAAAAAAAAAAAAAAAAAAAAACCUUUUUUUUUUUUGUUUGGGCUGGGGCUGCUAGCCAUUUUGGUCUGCCGGCGCCCAGCCUCCGAAGGACAGGUGUCACCGACGAAAUGCAGUCUAGGUUAUAUUCACAUUGUAGCCUUUGCCUCUGAAAGGUAGUGGUGGUUCAAAAGUUUUGACAUUUUAAUUCCUUAAACCACUAGUACUUCUUAAAGUUGUGCCCUUCAACAAGCCACAAUUUUAGGAAACGUACGGGCCACUACAGGAGCGCCCAAAUUCAUCCGACUAGAAACGCUUCUACUCUUAUCUUUUUCCGCUGCCGAUAGCUGGGCCAAGCACUGGUGGUUGAAGGCAAGCAAAAUGGAGAAGUGGAUAACACUCCUGCCUUGGGGUCGGAUAAGGGCAUAUUCACGC